CCGGCCUCAGAUUGUCGGUAUAUCCCAAAAAGCGAGAAAAGCCGACAAAACCCGUUCUUUCACAGACACUUUUGCCGUAGCCCUCAUCCUGCGUCGUGAUUGAGUUUUUCAGGGCAAAGAAGACGGAUCGGAUUUACAGUACCAACUAGAAAGUCCAGUUCGACCAAGCGAGAUGUCACAGGAGCAUGACAAUAAGCGUGCGGUCCUGGUACUGCAGAAUGAGCCAGGCUAUGGUCAGCGCCGGAACUUCACCACAGAGGACGAGGCCUGGAAGUCCUUUCUGGAGAACCCGCUGACUGCCGCCACAAAGGCCAUGAUGAGCAUCAAUGGAGAUGAGGACAGCGCUGCUGCUCUGGGCCUGCUCUACGACUACUAUAAGGUGCCCCGGGAGAAGAGAACAAUAUCCCAGACCAAGACCGAUGUGAUGGGCUCUGAUGUGGAUCCUAACAAAAGACACCUGAUGCUUCCUCUCCAGGAGUCCCCCAUGGCGUCAGACAGCAGGAUCCAGGUCCUGAAGGGCCCCUUCAACAUCCUCCUCCCCAACCAGUUGGCCCAGGACAAGAGGUUAUCCUUUCCCCCUCCCGACACCACAGUGACCGUCUCCAUAGCAGCCAUGCCAAACUACCCGGUGAAGACCGAGGUGCCCUCGAGUGGCUUCUCCGUGACGGUGCCCAACCACUGCGGAGGCGAGCAGGACGGCCAUGCUUCCAUGUUCGAGCGGCAGCUCGCCCAGAGCGGAUCUCACCCCCACAGCCACAGCCAGUUCAGCCCCAACACCCAGCCACGCACGCCCGACUCCACCUUCACCGAGGGCUUCAAGGACGGUUCCCAGGAGGUGUUCCCGUUCCCAGGGGAUCUCCAGUUACGCAUGGCCUCCAUCACGCCCGAGGACUACAGUGUGUUUGACACCGUGCAGGGGGAUAACUUUGAGUACACUCUGGAGGCGUCCAAGUCUCUGCGUCAGAAGACGGGUGACGGAACCAUGACCUACCUCAACAAGGGACAGUUCUACCCCAUCACACUCAGGGAGAUUCCAAACAGCAGUGGCCUGCACCACCCCAUCACCAAAGUCAGGAGUGUGGUGAUGGUUGUGUUUGGGGAGGAGAAGUGCAGAGACGACCAGCUCAAACACUGGAAGUACUGGCACUCCCGACAGCACACGGCCAAACAGAGGUGUCUGGACAUUGCAGACUACAAGGAGAGCUUCAACACCAUCAGCAACAUUGAGGAGAUCUCCUACAAUGCCAUCUCCUUCACUUGGGACAUGAACGAGGAGGCCAAGAUCUUCAUCUCAGUGAACUGCCUGAGCACAGACUUCUCGUCCCAGAAGGGGGUGAAGGGUUUGCCUCUGAAUCUGCAGAUUGACACCUACAGCUACAACACCCGCAGUAACAAGCCCAUCCACCGGGCCUACUGCCAGAUCAAGGUGUUCUGUGACAAGGGAGCCGAGAGGAAGAUCAGGGACGAGGAGCGCAAGCAGUCCCGCCGGAAGGGCAAGGCCACAGACCUCAACGCCACCCUCGGCAACUUUGUGGACGUCAAAGUGCCCCUCCUUCAGAAGCGCAAUGAUGUCACCGUCUUCAAGAUGAUGACGGACUUUGAGACCCAGCCAGUCCUGUUCAUCCCAGACAUGCACUUCUCCAACUUCCAGCGCCAUCCUUUCUCUUCAGAAGAUGGUGAGGACAGCUCUGGAAUGAAGAGGCCAUACACUGAGGAGGAGUUUGGGUCCGCUCCUAACAAGCUGGCCAGACUAGAUGAGCCAAAGAAAGUCCUGUUGUACGUGCGUAAGGAGACGGAGGAAGUGUUUGACGCUGUCAUGUUGAAGAACCCAACCCUGAAAGGCUUGGUGGAAGCUAUUUCAGAAAAAUAUGAAUUGCCAUUGGAUAAAGUGGGGAAGGUCUACAAGAAAUGCAAGAAAGGGAUUCUGGUCAACAUGGAUGACAACGUUAUCAGGCACUACUCCAAUGAAGACACCUUUCAGAUAUCCAUGGAGGAACUGGGGGGAAUGUUCAAGCUCACCCUCACAGAGAUCUAAUUGGCCCAGAGGUGAAGACACGUGACUCUCCUUAGUCCAAUUAGAUGAAGGUAUUGGAGAGGUGGGCAUCCAAUCAGUGAAGACUUGUGGUUUACAUACCUAGCUACUAUGCCAUAAGCCCACACAACAAAAAUAGACAGGACUUUGUCUCGACAGUUAAUAGUCAUUAAUACAAUGUGAUAGUGAAUGCUAUUCAAUAACAUCACUCACACCAAGAGCAUUUGCUGUGGAUACAGUAUGUACAGGAUUGACAUUGAUUCCUUUUUUUGUUGUUGGUACUUUUGUAAAGAUUUUGUGAUAGUUUUGUUUUAUAAACGUAAUGCAUGUUAGUUCUUUUGUUCUGUACAGGAUGUUGUGUGGCUAUACCUCAUGCUAUGCAAACACGUUCUCAUUUUCUUUGUAUUGUAAUGGAAUAUGUCUGAUAGAGAGACAGGUGGCACUGCCACUGUUCUGAUAGGUGAUGUUGCAUGUACAUAUAGCAUGCUAUCUCCUCUGCUCAUUUGCUCUCUCCCCGUCUGAAGCCAUAGCACUGACAAUGUCAUUCUUGUAAUUAAUGGGAUUCUUAGCACACAAAUUGACACACUGCACACAGGUAUUGUGUUGAACCUUAAGCAGACUGUGUGAACUCCCUAAGUUCAGUGUAUUGAUUCCACUAUAAACAUGAGUGUUUAGUGUGUAAACUGACUGGCUAUCUGGCUGUUGGGACCAUGUACUACAUGUUCCAUGUUUUUGUUGUGUUAAAACCAAGAUUAUACUAUAGAUGGAAUUGGGAUUGAUGUGGGGGCAGUCAUUUUGCUAAGAACCAUUUAGAACAUGGCCUUGAUGUAAGUAUUAAGAGAAAGUUUGUAUCUACCACUAACUCCCAUACUGAUAAUGUUCUGGAGAUCUAAUCCUCUUGGUCUGCGAUUUAAGUGCAAUAUGAUAUUUAAGCUCAGACAACUAGAUUGACAGUUUUCUUUUUCAUGUUUGAGCCUUUUAAAUACAUAUCAAAUGACAAAACAUGAUACUGACCUUUAAACAUCUUGAAAAACAUCUUGUAUUUUCACAGGUUUCUUUUUGUAUUAAAGUACUUAAUGUGUUUAUAUUUAUUAAGCCAUGGGGGUGGGUUCUUUUUUUAUUUUAUUUUUUUACAGUAUACAAAAAUAUAUAUUACUAUUAUUCUUAAUAUAACGUUUUUAUAUUACAUUUUCCUACAAUUCAAGCAUAGUAUUUACAGCAACCGUGAGAGAGAAAUGUUACUUGUAUGCGUGCAUUAUUGAACAUGUGUUUUUAGCGGAGAAGAUAAGAGGUGUCUCCUGUAUGUAAUCUAAAGUGUCCAAUAAAAGCUGCAAUAGCUUG